AUGCCCGAGUUAUUCAACCCGAUUGGCGCGACAGUUGAGAAGGUCGCGCCCACGGCCGUAUCAAACGGCGCAAACGAUGUGGCGCGCGACGAGGACGAGAGAGUAGUCGAGGAAGUCGAGUCACUGUGCAUGAACUGCGAAGAGAAUGGCAUAACGCGACUCCUCCUUACCAAGAUCCCUUAUUUCCGCGAGAUCAUCAUCAUGUCCUUCUCAUGCGACAAGUGCGGCUUCCAUAAUAACGAGAUCCAGCCCGCGGGCACUUACCAACUCAAAGGCGCGCGCUACGAGCUCCGGUUAACUUCCAUGGCCGAUUUCGAGCGCCAGGUUGUCAAGUCUGACACGGCUACUGUCAAGUUCAUCGAGCUGGAUGUCGAGGUCCCGGCUGGCAAGGGGCAGCUCACAAACGUCGAGGGGCUCCUGACGACCAUCGUUGACGAUCUCGCGUAUGGCCAAGAACAACGCAAGGAAGAAGCGCCAGAGGUAUAUGCCAAAAUAGAGGAAAUAAUCGCUAAAGGGAGGAAGAUGCUCGCUGGCGACGCCUUUCCCUUCCGUGUUGCCAUCGACGACCCGGCGGGCAACUCGUUCAUAGCCCCUGAUCCGCGCGACGGCGUGGGCAAGUGGGACAAACGCGAAUACUUCCGCACGCCUGAACAGAAUGAAGCACUCGGUCUGGUCGACACUUCCAAUGCCGGGUUGGACGAGGAUGGCAACAUCAUACCCGACCAAAUCUACCAGUUCCCUGCCUCCUGCCCGGGCUGCAUGCACCCUUGCACCACAAACAUGAAGAUGGUAGACAUACCGCACUUCCGGCAGGUUGUCAUCAUGAACACUUCGUGCGACGACUGCGGCUACAAAUCAAACGACGUCAAGACGGGCGGCGAGAUCCCCGAGAAGGGCAAGAAGGUAACGCUCCGCGUCACCAAACCCGAGGAUCUCGCUCGCGAUAUCCUGAAGAGCGAAAGCUGCUCCCUCGAGUGCCCCGAGCUCAGCCUCACAGUCAACCCUGGCACACUCGGUGGCCGGUUCACCACGGUCGAGGGCCUGCUCACGCAGGUCCGGGAUGACCUUCACAACCAGAUAUUCGAGGCCGAUGCCGAGGCUGGUCCGGAUAGCAGGAAGAACGACUCUCUCAGUGCCGAGGAGAAGAAGCGUUGGGAGGAGUUCUUCGAUGCUCUGAACGCUGCGAUAAAGGGUGAGAAGGAGUUUACCGUGGUCCUUGUUGACCCGCUGGCGUGCAGCUAUGUCCAGAGCUUGGCGGAUGACCCGAGUCAGCCGGACGACCAAAUGACGGUGGAAGAGUAUGAGCGGACAGACGAGGAAGAAGAGGAGCUAGGGUUGAAGGAUAUGAAAACCGAGGGUUACGAGGAGGAUGCGGAGCAGGAGACGAAUACAUGA